CUGCACUACGGGAGCCUCCUGGGCAGCAGAGCUUGUGCUCAGAUGGCAGCAGCUGCCUGGGGCAGUGGCUUUCUCAAUGCUGUCCUGCAGACUACCACUACAUUUUCCCUUCCCCUCUGCCAAGGCAAUGCUGUGGACCAGUUCUUCUGUGAAAUCCCUCAGAUCCUCAAGCUCUCCUGCUCAAAUGCCUACCUCAGGGAAGUUGGGGCACUUGUGUUUAGUAUUUCUUUAGCCUUCGGUUGUUUUGUUUUCAUUGUGGUGUCCUAUGUGCAGAUCUUCAGGGCAGUGCUGAGGAUGCCCUCUGUGCAGGGCCGUCACAAAGCCUUUUCCACGUGCCUCCCUCACCUGGCUGUGGUCUCCCUCUUUCUUAGCACUGUCAUGUUUGCCUACCUGAAGCCCCCUUCCAUCUCCUCUCCAUCGCUGGAUCUCGUGGUGGCAGUUCUGUACUCAGUGCUGCCUCCAGGUUGCAAGGAAGCAAAGAGGCUGCACUGCAAUGACUAUAUGUCGUCUUCUCAUAAGCUCUAG